AUGUCAUCUGCUUUCAGAUCCAAUGUCACUCGCACUUCUAUACCCCUAGUUUCUUGGGCCAACUUCAGCCAUGCCCUCACCUCAACUGGCUACUCUGCACCGCACAAAGAACAGUAUGACGCCUUCAUCCACCGCCUUCCCAAUGGAAAUAUUACUACAAAGCUUGAAGCUGCUAUGUUUCUUGCGCAGAUCAUCAUUGAAUCGGGUGGUCUUCGCUACAAACGAGAACUGCGAUGCAUCAAAACCGGCUGCCCGGGCAUCUACGACUCUUCAGUGGGCGUUCCCGGCAAGAACUACUACGGCAGGGGCUACAUCCAGCUAACACAUUCCUACAAUUACAAAGAGGCAUCACUUGCUCUGUACGGAGACCUGCGACUGAUCAAGGACCCUGACAUGGUCGCCCGAGAUGAGGACGCUGCCUGGGCGACUGCAUUCUGGUACUGGAAGGUCAAGGUGCACAGUCGACCGGGGGUGAUGGCGGGUCACUUUGGGGACGCCACCAUGGCCAUCAAUGGUGGUCUGU